CAUAAAUCAGAUAAGAUAAAUAAAUUAGAUUACUCUUUAGAGACGUCUAAAUUAGGCGUCUUGUUAUAUCGCAGGUGACUUGCCGUAAAGUCUAUAGGUAGAUGAUCUUCAAUUUUCGUCAUCAUUCGAAAGAGAGGCGAUUUUCAACUUGCUUGGUGUGUAUCGAAACCCACAUUUUAACAUUUUGUGGUCCUACAAUUCAGAUAUCAACAUACAUUGGGCGACUAUCAUUCUCGCUCCAAUUUUGUUGCCGGUUCUCUGUCGCCUGUUUUCUGUUUCUUGGCGACCAUGCGGCCGUAACCGGCGCUGUAAUCAUUAUGCACGACAAAAUAAUUGGUCGACGAGAUUGAGUCAUGUGAACGAAAUAGGAUAUUUAGCUGCAGGCUGGAUUUUGCCGUUCAUCC